GCCUACAGCGAUUUUUAAACGUCAAACGUACGUGACGGCAGAACUUGCGUGUUGUUCGUUUCACCAAAAGUAAACAACUUGAAGUCGAAUUCACAUUCUCACGUGAUCGCUCACGAGCUGCAGCCUCGCUGUGGCGAAGCAAUGAAUUUGAUGAUAUCAUUCAGAUUCGACAAGUGACCGCAGAAAAUUUUUAGUUUUGCUUUUACAGUUGCCUGCACUUCAGGAAUGGCUUCGUUCUUUAAGUUAGUCUAUCUUUGUUCUGUGAAAUGGAUAAUUUGAAGUGUGGUUAUUUUUGGAGCUUCAGCAAGUUGGAAAGAUCAUCGACAAUCUUGCCUUAGUCUAGCCGGUCAAACGAAAACAAUUUGAGGAUCUGGUACCAAUCACGUUUCAUCCUCUUCGAAGGCAGCAAUUUUGAGUCGUUUAAGGAUUAAGCAAGAACGUAAUGGCAUCUGUGAAAGUAGCAGUGAGAGUGAGGCCUUUCAAUCAAAGGUAAGACGCAAUUGUUAAGUUAGCAUCCUAAAGUUUGAGUCAGUUGAGUUGGCGUUAUUCGUUUAUCUUUCGUGUCACGACUUUUGGCUUUGCAGGGAAAAAGGCAUGGGCGCUCAAUCUAUAAUCGAGAUGGAAGGAAAGAAAACAACCAUUAUGAAUAUCAAGGUAGGCAUAUUUAGUCGCAAAUGUGCUUUUGUUAAGCGUGCUAAAAUGUUGUAACUUUAUGAAUCAGGUGUCGUGUAGAGUGACCAUCAAAACACGACGAAAGUCAUGUGUAAUACGGCAGGUCGAGUUCGUUUAUUCAGUAUUUUUAUUUCAGGCAAAUGCAUUAACUGGUGAUGGAGAGAGGCGAAAUCGCGUGAAGGAUUUUUCUUUCGAUUUUUCCUACUGGUCUGUUAACGAGAGAAGCCGACACUAUGCUUCACAAGAAAGGGUAAGAUUUGCAUAAGCGCACUUGUCUAGUACAUUCCAUGAUCAAUCGAGCACUUGAUCGCAUGCUCGAUUGUUUUUACAAUGAUAUUCAUGUAUGUUCUUGCAAGUUUUGACAUAAAUUUCUUUACAAACCUGUCGAUUUUCCAAUCAUCGCUGAAAAGUUAAUCCAACGUCCCAGUGGGUGACAUGGCGUUCCCGAGAAACGACCCACUUAAAUUUAAGAGCCAUUGUAGGCCCUCCUUCGAAUCGUUGUUUACGUCCGUUAUUGUCACUUGUAUAUUGAUCUCAUGAGCAGACCGGCUCAUCUAAAUUUAAGAACUAAAUUUCCGGACGUUUCCAUUGUCCUUUCAGUUUGAGAGCAAUCCUUGAUUUUAUUAAGAUAGGAAUAAUUUGCAAGUCAAACGAUUGUAUUUCAGCUUGAUCAGGGUUAAAAAAAUAUAGUUUUAUUGUCUAGUUUCAAAUGAAAACAUUAAAUGUAAUGCAUUCUUUAACGUUAUAAAUAGAUUGCUUUGUUCUGAAUUUAAACACAAAGGGUGAUUCUCUCGAAAGAAAUUCUGUUGUGCAUGGUAACAAAUUUAGCAAGUUAAUUAUGUAUAUCAUGCUGAUUUUUUAACUCAAACAGCUGGUCAUGUAUGUAAUCGUUAUUUGAAGCCACGGGAGAUUGUCAGAAUUAUUUGUUUUGAUCAGGGGGAAUAACUGUAAAAAAUUUCAUUUGCAUGGAGUAACAAUGCAAUAAUUUUUCAACAAAAAUAACUGUAAGUAAGAGAUUAUGAAUUGAUCAACUUUCUAUUAAGUCAAUCAAUCAACACUUUCUUUCAUUUACUCUCAAAUCAUUCAUUUGUCAUAAUCAGGUUUGUUUAUAUUUUUUUUUUGGCAUUAUGCUUUGAAGUAACUUACAUUUAUCCAGUGAAGAUACAUGUAAGUUAGGUUGUGGCAUUAAAAUCGAGAUGAUUAUUUUUACUUUGUCUGGGAAAGAAACAACAACUAUCAAUGCCAAAAUUUCUGAACCAUGUUUUGCCACAUAACCAAAAGCCUUGCAUAUGAAACAAUAAUAAGUAAAAUCUGAACACUCCAAAAAAAGCAAAGAACUUUUUUCCUCUGCAGUAAUUUAUGCAGUUGUUUGGAGAGCUUAGACCAACAUGGACCUACAGCUCAGCUGGUUUUCUGUUUAUCCUUUUUAGUUCAAGAUGUCAAGGAGAACAUAUGAAAUACUGACCAGAAAUUUGAGGCUCAGCAGUCACCUCUUUUAUUAACAUCCAUCCACUUGUACUUAAAAACUCCAAGAAAACCCUAAAAUCAUCCAGCCAAACUGCCUACAUACAUUAUCAGCAUAGCCUUCAAAUUUAAUUUACAUUUAUGACUGUGCGAUUGUAAUGUUAUGGCAAAUCAAGCAACAAAAUGCUCUCCAUAGCUGCAUUGCAAUGUAAGCAACUGCAGAAAAGAAACCUAAAAAAAAUUUGGCUAUUACUAUUAGGUGCCAAGUCUACCAACUGAGCUAUGAGGCCACACAUUGGAGGUCAGGUAAAGUUAAGAGGGUUCAUCUCUUCUGUAAAGGAAUCUGAUCACAAUUUUAAUGAAAUAAAUUUUAUUUGACCUUGCUUGAUGUUCAUCUGCAGGUGAAAUGAAAUUUAUUUCAUUCAAAUUGUUGAGGCCUAGCUCAAUCCAUUUGUCUCCUACAGGUAUUCAAAGACCUUGGCACAGAUGUCCUUAAAGCAGCAUUUGAGGGUUACAAUGCAUGCAUUUUCGCUUACGGACAAACUGGUUCUGGCAAGACCUACAGCAUGAUGGGAAGUCCAGAUAACCAGGGUCUGAUACCAAGGAUAUGCGAAGGUUUAUUUUCAGGCAUGCGUAAUAAUGCUGAUAAUGGACCUUCUUACCGAACAGAGGUCAGCUUUUUGGAAAUCUACAAUGAGCGUGUCAGAGAUCUUCUUAGACCUCCCAUAAAGGGAAGGCCUGUUCACUCGUUGAAAGUCAGAGAACAUCCUAAGGAAGGUCCCUAUGUUCAGGGUGAGCUUCUGAAAGACUUUUUCUUGGGUGGAGGGCUCUCAUGCAUUUAGUUUUGUUAAUCUUUUUUUCAGUAUUGCAUUAUUGCAUUUUAUUUGCCAUGUGUGAUCUUCAACAUACUAAAUAAUGUAAAACCAUUAGAUAAGAAAGAUGGUAAAUUUUUUAACUCAUAGUAACAGGUUAAAGAAAGAUGUUAGGAAGAUGCUUUUAUUAGGAGUUCUUGAAGUUCUUUUUCUUGAGUAUGCCUGUGUCAUUGACAAAAUAGUGUAAUCUUUUAAGAAAGAUGUUACAAGUGUUACAAGUCUCUGCAGCUCAGUAGUAGAGUAUAGAAGAGUUUGAUUCCUGAGGAAAUGUAGGAUUUUUCUUUAUUACUGGUCCAUGAUAAGACAAAUAACCUUCUUAUCUUUCUCACCUUUUCUGUUUCAUUUUCUCGGUUUUAAUUCAUUUUCCUAUCAGCCAAUACUUUGGAGUCAUGAUUGGCACCCUGGACCCACAAUUGCCAGGUCCAGGUUUAAGCCCUCAGGCCAGAUCACAGCAUUCCUUUUACAUGCAGGACCCAUUAUACUCUCUCUCUCUCUUCUCUGGAUUAUUCACAGAUACCUCCAACUAUUAGGUUUAACAUGCCAUGGUUGACUAUGUCCAACUAGCAGUUAUCCCUUUGGACUGUAAUAUCAGUAUCCAUAUUCCUCAUAAUUUUUCCUUUACAUUUCCUUCUGUACUGAGAAGGAGAAUUUGUUUAAUAAUGAAAGCUUCUUAGGUUGGGAAACAUUUCUGUUAUUCUCGUGAUCUCAAUGAAUGAUGCAGCAGUAUUAUUGUAAGGAGAAUUCAGAUGCUGGUCAUUCUAAUGGUUUAAAGAGUUAAUUCCCAUUUAAUCUAUGCCACAAACUGAAACCAUAAUAAUAAUAAUAAUAAUAAUAAUAAUAAUAAUAAUAAUAACUUUAUUUACCGAGGGUUACACAUUACAUUUAAGAACUGGUAAACGUGUGGCCCUCCCCUAAGAUAUAAAACUAAUUUAUAAAUAUAAAAAAAUAGAAAAGUAAAUGUAAUAUUUAGUGUAAUAUUAAAAAGGGGUCAGACAAUAUCAAAAACUCAUGAAACAGGAAAGCUAUUCAAGCCAGCAUAACCUUCCUUUAUAAAAUUACCAUAAUUCUGUUUGAAUGCAUUAACACUGGUGCUAGAUCUUGUAUUAAUAGGUAGAGAGUUCCAAAGUUUUGUGGCUGUAACAAGAAAAGUUUUUCCACCUUCUGUGUGUCACAGUUAUACCUUGGACAGCUUAUAUUUAUAUCACUAUAAUGCAAGGUUCUGGUUGACAGGUCACUGAUAUUCACUUAUCUGCCACCUAAGUACUCUGGGCUUUGUCUAUUUAAGCAUUUGCAGAAUAAGCAUAAUUUAUUUACCAUUUUGUGUAUAAACCAUAGAGGAAUAUAUUUUAAGGAUCAUGAAACCUUAUCUUCAGUUAUAUGUGUUUGUUAUACAAUGUUUGUAAUUUUGUAAUAUAAUUUUCUUCCUUUUCCACAGAUCUUACCAGGCAUCUUGUAUCAGAUUAUGCAGCCAUAGAAAAUCUGAUGGAACAGGGUAACACCCAUCGGUAAAUACAAGUCAGUUACGCUGUAAUUAUUAUCCACAUAUCAACUGUAAUUGUUGAUUGAUGGUACUUACUGAUAACAGCUACAUUCUCUAUACACACUCCUUUAUGAUUGCAAAAUUUAAUAUGUAGACUAAGGCCUGGCUCAAAGUUGAAUUUUACAUGUGCUACACCUAAAACCAAUUUGGGUCGACCCAAAUAAUAAAGUUCAGCAGUUUAUUCAAAUGUCAAACUUAAUUAACUUGAAAUUAAUUGGAAAAAUGAUCAUGACUCUAUGGCAGUCAACAGUAAUAAUAAAUAAUAAAGUCCGGCAGUUGAUUCAAAUGUCAAACCUAAUUAACUUGAACUUAAUUGGAAAAAUGAUUAUGACUCUAUGGCAGUUAGUAGUUAUUGGUCACCAAAAUGGAGGAAAAAAUGUGGGAAGACAAAUUGUGGAAAUGAAGAGCUUAUUUUUCUUGCAAGUGCAAUAAAGGAGGAUAGAAGAAGGUGACUGAAGAUGCAUUUGGCAUUAAAUAACCUGGCUGCUAGGAGGAGAUGAGUUUUGAAUUUGGCUUGCCUUCUAUAAUUGCUCAUUUCCCAAAGGAACAUCACUGUUCCUUGUCCAGUUCACACUUGUUGUCGGCUAAAAUGAAAUACUGGCUGGUGGGAAAAUGUUAGCAACAUCUAUUCAGAGGUAAGGUUCAAGAAAACCUUCAGAGUAUCCCAGGUAGCAUAUAAUUUUAUCCUGAACAAUAUUGAACCCUCCCUUAUUCAGCAAAUUGUGAUGGAAGAAGUGAUAUUGCCAGGCAUUGAGGCUUGCUAUUUGUCUGUAUAGACUAGAUAGAGGAGAAUAUCUUAAUACCAUUGUAGAAAUUGCUUUUCUAUCCACUGGCCUGAUUUGGGAAAUCUGCCUCCUGAUCAUUGCCUUCACUUUCCAGAAGGUUAAAUUUUGUUGUCAUUUCCUCUUGAAAACAUGACUUACAAUAUGCUACCAUACUGCCUGCUUUCCACAUGCUACAUUCUUGUUGUUUCCAAACAGAGAACACAGCAUACAGAAGUAGUUCAUGCACCUCAGGCAUGUAUAUUUCAUGCUCUCAAAGUAAGAGGAAUACAUAUUUUCCGCUCUUCUUGCCAUUUUGUCGCAAAACAAGUCCUGUGUGCAUGACAAAAUAUGCUAAACGUGGGUAAAAAAAUUAUCAAUUUAAUGUAUUUGUAAUGUAUGCAUUAGAUUCGGCACAUGAAAAGCUUCAACAUAUGAAAUGAUAUCAAUCUAAUUGAUUCAAACCUUGAAUUUAAAUGCAAACUGAACCUAAUUAUUAGAUUCGGCACAUGUAAAGUUCGACAUUUGAACCGGGCCCAAGUUCAAUUUUUGUCUGGUAGAAAAGUUUUAAAAGUUGCUUUUCUUCUUUUCUUUUUUCUUGCAUAUUGUGAUUUUUUAACAAAAACCUUUUCCACUAAAAUUAGACUAUUGAACUAAAUGAACUACAUUCACAAUACAUGCAUAUUCUGUACAUACAUGUAUCACAGGUGACGGACAUAUACACAUUUUCUUACCCUGGAAAGUGAAAUAUUCCUUGUAUUUUGCUUUUUAUAUAUAUCUUUCCAGAACUCUUUAUAUACUGUUUGUCAUAACGAUGUCACCUGAACAGGAAUUGUAGCAGGUUAUAAUGUACAUGUAAAAACAUAUCUUUGAAAUCUAUUUUAUUAACUUUUAGGGUUACAGCAAGUACUGGGAUGAAUGACACCAGCAGCAGAUCACAUGCAAUAUUUACAAUCAAUUUCACACAAGUCAGUAACUUCAAUUUUUUUUCUUUUUUUUUAACACAGAACCUAACCACAUGUGAUGCAUCCUCUGAGAAUCAAAUUGCCAUCCUUGAUCCCUCACUAUGCUCAUUUAAAGCUCUCUCCUUUGGGGAGAUACUUCACUUCUGUAGUGCUUUUCUGAUUUCCUCUUUAAGUCUGUAUAAGUAGCAAUAAACUUCCUGGAAAACUUGGACAAACUGUGAGGAUCAACUUGUGAUAGACAAGCAUCUGAGCAAUAACAAAAACACUGGGAUUACCCCUAGGAAUUUUGUGGGACCAUUUAAAUUUAUAUCUUUGUAUCGUCUCUAUAAAAUUACCAAUAAGUUCAAAAUGAACAAUAGGUCAAUGAAUAUUGUUUUUGUUUGUUUGUUUGUACUCAAACUGUAGGCAAAGUUUGACCAUGACAUGCCUUGUGAAACAGUCAGCAAGAUCAACUUGGUUGAUUUAGCUGGAAGGUAAAAUGUUUUCAGUAUUUACUGUUAUCUCAUUUUUCACUUGUCUCAACAAAAAAUAGGAAAUGCAAAACUGCAUUAUUCAGUCUUUAUCAAAUAAAGUUACUGUAAUUUUUCAUUAAUCAAUUAUUGAUUAAUUUUCAAUUCAUUAACAAUUGAUCAUUAGCAUUUUAUGAUGGGUGUAACAAUACAUCUUGAGCAGUUCCAUACUGUAAAUGUUGUAAUUUCGCAGUGAGAGGGCUGACGCCACAGGACUGACAGGUGAACGACUGAAGGAAGGUGCCAAUAUCAACAAGUCACUGGUCACCCUGGGAACUGUCAUUUCUGCUUUAGGUAAUAAGUGCUCAGUAUGAUUUUGGAAAAACGUGAACUGUGAUGUGUCUUUUUCUGAAUAUGUGAAGUUGAUGAGUAUGUUUUCCUUCAAUUUCAUAACAGGUGUGAAUUAAUAUGUAGAGAUUACUGUCAGUAUUUCCUUAAAUUAACUGCCCACACUCCAAUAGAGGCCCUCCCUCAAAUAAGUGCCCACCUGUUAGGCCUAUAAUUGAGAGUGCCACCUUUCUGCUCCCUCACUUUUUGAAUAGUGUGGAUACAAGGAAAACCUCUCCCCAUUUUCUUUCUAUUAUAAUUAUUGAUAACUUUCUCAGCUUCAACUGCAGCUGAAUCAGAACAGGAGAAUAGUUUUGUAAGAGUGCCCCCCUCAAUUAAGCCUUUUCCAUCUAAUAAAUACCAGUCCUUUUAGCUGAAGUUUUAAAUGAGUGCCCAGGCACUUAUUCAAGGAAAUACACUAUACUUGUAUAUCUAAUGUGUGCAGGCAGAUUAUGGUAUUUUAUGCCUCACUAUAUGUCAUUUCAUGAUUAUAUUUCAUCAUAUUCAAUUUUAAUUAGCUUUCAACCAGAAUGAUCAUAAUCCAACAUGGUAUUGGAUCAACUAAUAAUCCCCUAAAUUGCAUUUUUCUUUACUCUCAUUACUUGUCUGCUUGUUUUUGUAUUGAUAUUGUAAGGAGAAAUUCUGUCUUGGUCACUCAUGGAAGUAAGACAGUUAAAAAUGGUUGGAAACCCCUGUUUAUUAGUAAAGGGAAAUUCCUAAUAAUAUUUUUGAUUUAAAAUUGAAUAUUCCUUACAGCUGAUGCAUCAACAGGGAGUCAUAGUUCAUCUCAUCAUCAUCACAAGUUCAUCCCAUACCGAGAUUCUGUUCUGACCUGGCUUCUGAAGGACAGUCUGGGAGGAAAUUCAAAGACUAUCAUGAUUGCCAGUAAGAAACUUUCUGUCAUUUAUUUUUAACCAUUAUUAUUGUUCAGUGAUCAGCUUUCCCUCCAGGGCUCAGACCACACCAUGCUCCUGAGCAUUACAUGAAUGUUUGGUUCUCUUUAACCCUUAACUCCCAAGAUCUCACUAGUAGUUCUCCUUACUGUCUGCUUAUGGUUCUUGCGAUGUUAGUUUUGAGAAUUUGGUAUUGGAUCAACUAAUAAUCCCCUAAUUAAUAUUUUUCUUUAUUCUCAUCAUUUUCUGCCUCAUAUCAUAUUGAUAUUGUAAGAAGAAAUUCUAUCUUGGUCGCUCAUGGGAGUUAAAGGGUUGACCAUUUGCAUCCUAACAUCAGUAUGCAUAUUCUCCAUACUAUUCUCUAUACAUUUCCUUCGUUUCUGGCAAGGAGAAUUUGAUUAACAAUCAAAUGCUUCUUUGGCUGGUGAUCAUUUCCUUUAUUCUUGUGACCUUAGUGUUUAAUUUGACUUGCUAGUCACUCUGAGGGGCUCAAGGUUUAAGUUACAAUUUAGGAAUGGAGUUCUUGUUAGCUUGUGGGCACUAGCUGAAAGCACAGUCUUUUAGAUUUUGUUUAUUUUGUUGUUGACUAGAAAAUUAUAGCAUCACCUUAGUUCUCAGUAUUAAAUUGGCAAAAUAGUAGGCAGGCCUUUGUUUUCCUUCCUUGUUAAGAUGCACAAUAUACACUGCAUGUCUUGGCUGGGCCUUGUUAGAGUGAGGCCCAUCCUUCAAAGAGAGAUGGCAGUGCACAGACUGCAAAAAAACUUUAUAAUGAUUAUAUUAUGCAGUCAGUGACAGAAUUUAUUUGCUGUUCUCCUUAGCCAUCUCACCAGCAGAUGUAAACUAUGCAGAAACACUCAGCACUCUGCGAUAUGCCAAUCGUGCUAAGAAUAUCAUCAACAAACCCACCAUCAAUGAGGUGAGGUAUUUGUUACAUGGAAGCAUUUUGCCUUACCUCUCUCAUGUAUGGCAGCAUUGUACACACUCAAUGCACAUGCAAUUUCCAAGCACUCAAAAUGCAAACUGUGUGUCACUACAUACACCUGUGUCUUAUAAAAAAUGUACACAUGUGAAUGUGAAAAGCAUGUUAAUAAUUACACAAAUUAGUAAUUCAGAACUCAUUAUGUGUGUGUUCUGAGACAAAAGAUUGGAUUCAUAAUAAUGUGUAAGAUUUCCAUAGAGCAUUAUAAAGUGAGUUGCUAUAUUUGUUGCAUUAAUGUCAACAUAUCAAAAAAAGAAAAAAAGGGAAACUUGAAAAAUGCAAAUUAAAGCCUUUAGGGAGUGCAAUUUGAAAUCUUUGGGUAAUUUAAAAUGACUUAUUCUUUCCAAAGAGGACAAGAAAUCAUUUGAAUACUCACAGUUGUAUUGACAAAAAUUUACUUUUAGUUUCAGCUUUCUGCAUUGUGUGGUAUCAAUUGAAGCACCACUGUCAAAACAUUUUGCAUACAUGUUUAUAAUUGGGUAGAUAAAAAUUCAUAGUAUGCUGUAAAUUUGCAAGUCUCCCAGUAUUUUCCCUAAUUGUGGAACUUCACAGAUCUCUUCUUUUUAUUUCAGGAUGCUAAUGUGAAGCUCAUUAGAGACCUGCGAGCUGAAAUAGACCGGCUGAAAAAUAUGAUUAGCCCGGUAAGAAAGGAACUGCUUACUACAGAAGAGAUUACUUAUUUCAUAAAAUAAUCAAAACUUGCUUUUUUUUACGCCUGUUAAUCUUUAAGUGGUUUUUGAACAUAUGCCUCAGGUUAAAAUUUGGUUUGACCUCUUAUCUCUGCAGGAAAUGUUAGGAGAAGCUGAAUUAGCUGCUGCCAAAAAACUGUCAGAGAAUGAAGCACGUGUGACAGAACUCACUGAUCGGUGGAAGGACAGAUGGAGAGAGACCCAGAGAAUAUUAGAGGUUCACAAUUUUUAAAAAUUUAUUCAGUGUUUUUCACAAUGGUUUUGAAGUACUGAGAUGUGUAUGUACAGUCGAGAAUCCUUCUUACUCACACCCAGUUAACUCUAAUCCUCUAAUAACUCUAAUAACUAGCUCGAACAAAAUCCCGUUUCUCUUGGAUUUGACCCCAUUUUUCUAGUCAUUUACUAUCAGCUAACUUGAACUUGCCAUGACUAACUCAAACUCCCCCUAAACUUGAUAUCUUGAUGCAAUGUCGAUUGAUAAACAUCAAAGUGUCAGAACAUAGAUGAUUGAUGUAGUAUGUGUAACAAAACUUCUCAAACUAAACUUUGUUACAAAAAAAGCUCCUAUAAAACAAACAAAAUUCAUGAAAAUUACUGUUCAUCAUGAAAGAAUGGUGAAACCGUUAUUCCUCAUUAAUUACGUGUUCUAACAGGAUAAUUGAAAUCAACGCCAACCCCAAUUACUCAAACUCCCUCUGACAUGAACCAUUGUUUGUUUUCCUGGGGAGUUUGAGUUAGGGGGAUUCUACUGCAUGUGUACACCCCAGACAAAACAAAGGAAAAUCUUCUCACCCAACAACUUAACUCAAAAGUAACCAUCUUUACUAAUAAAUGUAGACUGAUUCACUCAGCUAAUUACACCUAGAGGAAUGUAUAGGAAACUAAUGCCUUACUUUAAAAUUUUGAAGUACAAAGUUCUGUAAAUUUUACUUAUAGAAUUAUAUUAAUGUAAUUUCUCUUUGUUUUAGGAAAGAGAAAUGAAGCUUCAGCAAGAAGGUGUUGGAAUCAAGAUGGAUUCAGUUCUUCCUCAUUUAGUUUUAGUGGAUGAUGAUCUUCUUAGCACUGGAAUUGUUGUCUAUCAUCUUAAGGUAGUUCUCCACCAUUUUUUGGUGAAAAUUUUUGUUACCAGUUUUAGGUAUAAAAUCCCAUAAGGCUAACCCUUACCCCCACCCCUUCCAAGCCAACUUAAGAGGCUAUUGAUUAUUAAACAAAUUCUCCUAAGUAGCACUUUAAGAAAUGUAUGGUGAAGAGUAUGGAGAAUGUGUAAAGGUGGAACAUAAAGGCAAAAUAUUGUGCCUGCUUUUAGAAAGUUGCCUGUUUAACUCACCUGAAUAAACUCUCCUAAACAACAUCUCAAGAAUUGUAUGGCAGACAGUUGGGAGAAUUGCUAUUGAAAUCUGGGAUUGAAAGUGUUUAGCAUGAACCAUGAAACAAAUUUGAUGAAAAAAAUAUAUAUUUUCCCAUCUUAAUGGGAAAAGCUUAUUACCUUUCAGUUUGAUGUGGCAUGUUGACAAAGUUAAUUAGUGAAUGCUUUUAAAAUCAAAACAGUCUAUAACAGUUUUUGAGUGCAACCUCUUGCAUGUAAUGUACAUACAGAAGGUUUAAAACUUAGUUAAUGAAAGUUUAGCUCUGAGCACCUCUCUGACGUGAAAAAGGGCUGAGAAAGAGUAUUAAUUUGAGAUUUUGGAGUUUCAUUAAGGCUUCAGGCCUUUUAAACCAACGACAAUUAAAUGUUUACAAAGCCUUGUUUUUCUUAAUCAGUAGGUGGUAUUUUGAGAUCAGUCUGCAUGUGAUAAUUGUAUGCAUGUCUUUCUUUUGUCUUUCGAAAGCUUAUCCUUUGCACAAAGCCUCUCUAAGCUUUGAAAAUUCCUUGAAAUAUUUGACACAUUAGGCGACAUUGUGAGCAGUUCACCGAGGGCGUUGUUUUAUUUUGAAACAUGUGGUGAAGAAAUUUAUCUCUAACACGUAGCAUUUGCUUUCAAGCAAAUUUGCAUGUUAUGCUUCAAUGGAUCUGAGAGAAUUUGAGGAAUCUGUUACUUGUUACGUAUUGGUUUUUAAUAUGUACUUUGCUUUCAAAGUACUCUAAGUUUUUCAUAUUGCUCGGUGAUCGAGGGACUGAAACUGAUUGUUCUUGUUCUUUCGGUGAUUUUAAGGAAGGGUUCACUACAGCCGGACUCGCUGACAACCCAAAGAAACAAGAUAUUGGUAAUGUGACUGAAUUUUUGUAGCUAUAUUGCUGAGUAUUUUGUUGUUUGUGAUGAUCAAGCAACUCGGUAGUCUCCGAAUCACAUGUAUGUGUAUGUGGACAGUCAAUCAAAGUUUCCCCCUUCGUUGUAGAUGAAGAAACACAAGAAAAUUCUGCGUAGUUAUGCACUGUAAUGAUUACUUACUCUCAAAGAUUUUCAUACAGACGCGCAUUGUGUAUUAGAUACAUCAUGUACACGUUUUCGCUACUCGUAACUACCAGACUCGCGGGGGUUUGAAUCAAGAACCUGGAUAGUGUUGAUAAUCUAUACAUUUCUAGCAAGUUAUAAUCUUUUUCUCAAGAAAUCAACGCGUUGAAAUUCAAAGUAUGUAAGGUUCCACUGAAUGAAAUGUAACUAAUUGAUUACUCUUGAAUAUAGAAUUUCUAGUAAGUUGUUUUGGCAAUCAUAAUAAUCUACGAAAUUCAUGCGCUUCUUGUGCAUAAUUCUCCUCUCUUCUGAUCACUCAAACCACUUACUGAAUUUGAUUAUUUCUACCAAUCCCUGGUCGACGAAGUUAAAUUACGAUUUGCAUUUAAAUAGUCGACGGACCGUAAGAGUGUGUCUGUAAAUCCUCUCAGACGACCGAAACAUCCAGGCGGAAAAAACUGUCGGCCAAAUAACGAUUUUAUUCACCAUGAACAACCAUUCUGGUUUUUAUUGUGAAGUGCGUUGACUAUAUGGGUACUUUAUUUUCGUGAUUUCUUGAAAUUAGUUUAAAAUAUAGAAGUUAAGCAUUGUGUAAUUGUUUGAGCUAAAAUUAGUUUGAAGACUAUAAUAGCCUAAAACGCAUAAAGAGAACUCUAUCAAGCAACACGUGUUAUAUAAUAAGCUCAGUUAUGCACGCAUUCUGAUUGGUUCUCACUUAUGGUCUAUAAGGGGACAGACGUAUAAUUGACGUCAUCAUUAAAAUUUUUUUUAAUUCUUUAUUAUAUAAAACAAAUAGAUUCCAAGUUGCCGUGCGUCUGUUCAGUAAUAGAUCACAGAGGGCGUCAAAAUGUGGUAAGAACAUCAGUGACACACUCGGCUGCGCCUCAUGUGCCACUUUUUUGUUCUUACUACAUUUUGACGUCAUCUGUGAUCUAUUACUGAACAGACGCACGGCAACUUGGAAUCUAUUUGUUAGACUGAUUGGAUUAUAGUUUUGUUUUCAUAGACAAAUUAGUACUUUCAGUAAAAUUAACAUGUUUUAAAUUCCGUACAAGGCCUUUGUUAGUAUUGUACAAUCUAAAUCAGUUACUUAUUUCACUCUAGAAUCUAUGUAACAAAUAGAUUCCAAGUUGCCGUGCCCCUAUUCAGUAACAGAUCACAGAUGACGCCAAAAUGUGGACUCUGGUCCUCUCAAUCCGCUGUGAGUUUUUAAAAUAUCCCCACAACGUCUUUUUCAAAAUAGUGAAUGUAUUUUCUUGUUUCUUUAGUAAUCAGCGGACCCGAUUCAGAGGAGAAUCACUGUGUAUUUGAACACAGCAAAGGUCAUGUAAUCCUCAACCCGCUGGAUUCGAAAUGCACCGUCAAUGAACAUGCCAUUUCGAAGCCGACAAGAUUAUUUCAAGGUAAUACUACUUGUACUUUGGUCAGACAGCUGGGGGGAGGAGGGAUGAUUUUUCCAAAGGAGGGAAGCUCUUAUCCAGGGUUCAAAGUCGAACUUGGGAUAAUAAUGGUGACAGAACGCAUUGUUUUAUUUGUCAGGUGAUGUGAUUCUGUUGGGUACGACAAACGUUUUUCGUUUCAACCAUCCUAGAGAAGCAGCAGAGUUAAGAGAGAAGAGAAAGGUAAGGUUUCAUAUUUCCUCUCCGUCAUACGGAAACUGAAUGUUUGAUCCUAAUAGCCAUGAGGAUCAGUUUGCUACUGCAAAUACACGUUUUGUGGCAUUUGUCUGUACCUAUUGUUUCUAAAUCCUCUUCUUUUAUUAUUUUAAGUGAUUUUUUAUAUAUUAUUUUGUAGCCUAACUCCUGUAAUAACGCACUAAUUUCCAAUAAGGUAUCCUAAAAUGUUUUCGGCAGAAAUCGUUUAGGUAAAAUGGCGGUAUAUUUUCCCUUCUCCCUACCAUCAAUAACUUAUUGAAGUUUAUAAUUGAAUUCAGCCUUUUCGGGUUUCAAAAAUCCCUACUUCCUAAAUGAGCUCGGGUGCGAGACACUUCUUGUGAAAAGGGUUUUGGCAGAGAUUAUAACAUUAUAGUCAUAUCGAAGGCGUACCCUCGUUUUGAAAUAGAGACUUUGGGCAUCUCGGAAAUGACCAAUAUCUUUAAACCUCCCCUCCCCUCCCCUCCCUUGCCCUCUCCCUCCCACCUCUGCCAUCCUGUGUUGUGUUGUUUGUUUACUGAUCAUUCUAACUCUUAAUCUACUUAUCUUGUUUCCUAACCGAUAAUUUCGUUGUCAUGGCCACACCAACUAUUUACAGGAAGAACGUGGGGUGAGUAAAUAGCUCUGAUUGUAAUUUCGAAAUAUGUUUCUUGUAAACUUCAUUAGCCGUCUUCCCCUACCCCCACCCUUUCCUUCCCCCUCCCCCCGUCCUAACUUGCUCCAGUACCUACCACCCUUUAAUUCUAUUUUAUAACUGGGGGGGGAUUAUUAUUUAUGUUACAACUUAAAUUUUGAUUGAGUCAAAAACUGAGCGCAAGAAAGCCCAACAGAUCAUUCAUGAUUAGCGCUUCGCUUCGGCGUGAGCGUGUCUUCGCCCGCGGGAAAGUACGCGGCCUUCAACAACACGGGCCGGUGAGAGAUCUCAAAGGGGUCUGGUACCACACCCCGGUAAACCUCUCUCCGACCCUCUCAAAUCUUCCCGCAGGCGGAGAAAUGCACGUCCUGUAGCGCGAAUAAUGAGGGCCUGCUCCAAGGCUACUGUUUCUUUUUGACCCUUCAAUUCCCAUGAGUGACCAAGACAGAAUUUCUCCUUACGAUAUCAAUACAAUAUCAACCAGAUUAGUGAUGAGAGUAAAGACAAAUGGUUGACAGUAAGGAGAAUUACAAAUUUGGUCUGAGAGUUAAAGGGUGAAGUUUGAUAAGACCACGUAAUCAUUUCAAUUAAUAUAAUAACCUUUGAUUCAUUAACAGAGUUCUCUUGGUGGGGCUUCCUCACUGGCUUGGUCUACAAAAUUCCGCAGCGAAACAGACUUGGUAUUCAAACGAGGAACAGAGUAAGCGUUUUAUAGUGGCAAUUUUUUAGGAGGCCUAGAAACUAGUACCCAUUUCCCACAUUCCGUAACAUGUAUCCAAUAAACAACUAAUCUCUCUUCGUUGAUAGAAAAAUCGCUGAAUACAAAUACUGCUGUCGCUAUGAUGCAGGAGAACUUUCGACUUUGAGACUUAAAUGUCGUUGGAAGUGUGAACUUUUUCGAGGAUAGAAAUUAAAAACUUUUGGCUGUCAAUAUAAAUAAGUAUCUAAAAAAAAAUUGUGAAAACGAGACGAUUUCGACUGAGCUCCUUACACUGGAUAAGUAGCUAUGCAGUAUUAACCCUUCAACUCCCAAGAUCUGAUAGUCAAUUCUCCCCACCAGCUACUACAUAUUUCCUUUUAAAUUAGUUACCAGAAUUUGGUGUUAGAUCAAGAGAACAACUUCUACUUGAUAUGUUUGAGUAUUCUCAUCACCUGUUUGCUGGAUAAUGUAUGGAUAUUUUAGGGAGAAGUUAGAUGUUAAUCACCUUAAUGAGUAAUCUGGUGUAAGAGCUGGCUCAAUAAACUCGUAUUGGUCAUUGAGCAGUUAUUACUAUUAACUGUCCCGUUGUAAGCACCUCUUGUGAAUGUAUAUUCGUUGUUGCAGGUUACUGCUAUCAGGACUUUGACAGGACUGUUAGUUCAACUUACUGAAAUUCUUUAGUGAGAGCAAUUUGCGAUUGAGUACUUUUCUGGGUUUACAUCCGGGACUGUUUUGGUGUUUACCUCAAUAGAGCUCUGUGAUUGGUCAUGGAGACUCACCAACUUUUCAACCAAUCAAAUACAAAGCUUAAUUUUUCGCGUUUUCCAGUGGUUCAGGAAGUUCGCAUGGUUUUUUUUUUGAAGUCCUCGUUUUUUAUUCUGAUCAGCUUUUUUGAUUACUUCGGUGUUUGUCUUUCAAACUCAAUCGGAAAUUGCUCUUAAAUACCGCACGUUAUAUGACUUAUUAUUAAAGUAAUGCAGCGCCAGCCUGCUUGAGAAAACACUUUUGAGACUGGACCUGAAAUAUUUCAAUCUAAUGACGAAGCCCUUCAUGCUUAGAUGUGAUGAUCGUGAUUUGAUUCUUGUCUGAGAUCAAGAAUAAAAACACUGAAUAGUUUCGUUCAGUGUUCUUAGAAAUGUCAUGCACUCAGCAGCAAUCUCCUAAGUAACCUAAAACACGCGAAUUAUCACCUGAUCUUUAUUCGAGAAGAUAACUGACUUCUCAAAGCCAAUAUCACUAACGUAUGGUUCUUGAUGUAAAUACAAAAAAAUAACUCAUUCUUCUUCUGUUUUAAAUCCACAGCGAAGAAUCUCUAAGUCGUCAACUUGAGGAGGCAAAGUAAGAAAUUUGUGAAAACGUUGUCUUCAACUUUCUCAUCUGCGCUGACUUUAAUGUGAAAAGAAAUAUCAGUGAUAUAUCAUUUUUAAUUUAUUUUGCUUAAAGAGUUUGUAGAAAUCUUUAAAAAUUUAUUUGCAAAAUUUGAAUUUUGAUUUUGAAAAAUUGUUUUGAUUAUUUCCAGACCAUGAAUAUUUUGUCAAUUUUUUGUGCCUUUAGAAAUGAACUGGAGAAACAGAAGCAGCUUGAAGCUUUAAAGAUUGAAGAAGCUAGGUAAUGCCAGCAGAAUAAUAAUGAAAUUUAGAGGCUGACUAAACAUCCUCUCCCCACGCCCCUACCCUUAUAGCGAGAGAAGUUUAUCAUAAGUUAUACAUUUCCCACCUCAAACAACACGCGCCUUUGGUGAUAAGGAAACUUCUAAAACCGAGAUUAAAACUUUUUGUGUCCAAUCUUUUGUGUCCUAGGGCGGAUUUUGCCUCACAGAUCCAAGAAGAAUCUAAACGACUCAAUGAAACAAGGUAAACACUCCAUUUACUCGACAUAAAUAAACGCCAAAUAUCACGGUUGAGAAGUUGAGAAGUUAAGAAGAAAGUACCUUAGAGCGCCUUCUAGCUAAGGGCUGUGUGAUGUAGCUUCUACAAGUCCUCACGCUCACUCAGCGCCAGCUGAUCCAGGUACAGGUACUGAGACUUUGGCGUGAAAUCAGCGUCGUAGCCUGGGUUCUAUCCUGGAACUAGCGACACAUCUGGCUUAAAUCGGUUGUUGCUUCUCGUCCUUGCUCUGAGAGUUCCACAAUGUCUCACCCCCCACAAAACCAACAUUCCAAAUCGUAGUUUUACCCGGAAAACAUUUAAUGUUGCAAGUUAUGUUUAUAUUUAUUCGACUGCGAGACACGAAGGGCUCGUCCUUUUCAGGCUCUAGCAUUUGUAAUAAAUGCAGUUUUUCUCUUCGUCAGGGCUGAACUCGAGCGACAGAGAAGGCUUCAUGCAAUGGAAGUGCAAAGUGUCGAAGAAGCAAGGUACAGAUUGCGCGCGCAGUUGAGCAACGUUCGUGUAGAUCAUUAAUUUGUGUAUCAAACAGUCAUAGCCUAUGCCAGACCUUUAGUUAACCCUUUAAAUCCCAAGAUUUCAUGAGUAAUUCUCCUUACUGUCUGCCAUACAGUUUAUGUAUUUCAGUUUGGAGAAUUUGGAAUUGGAUCAACCAAUAAUCCCUUAAUUGAUGUUUUUCUUAAUUCUCCGUACUUUUCUGCUUGAUAUCGUACUGAUAAUGUAAGGAGAAAUUCUGUCCAGGUCACUAGUCACUAAUAGCGAAGAGCGAAAACAUGAGAGAGCCUUACGUGUUGUUUUUAAGAGCUUCGAUUGUCUGACAUAAGCCUCCUCAUCAUUUCGCUCUGCGCUGCAGUUGCGUCCCAUAUACAAAAUGAACAUUUGGGACAGGUUGAACGGCCGAGCCGAUGGGCUCAAAUUGAAAGCAACCAUGAAAGAAUUGAAGCACAACAGACAUUAUGGAUUUUCUAUUUCAGGGGUUGACAAAUAUAGCACAGUGGAAGAUUCCGCAAUGGUGUGUUCAGUUCUGUGACCACAUACUGAAUCUAUUCCUUUUUUGCAGGAGUAAAGUCAAGGAAUUGAGCCAAAAACACGAACAGGCAGAACUGGAAAGGAAAGCUACAGAAGUAGAACUUAGUAAAGAAAUCGAAACACGGGAGCAGGAUUUGAAAAUGCAGAGAGAGCAAGUCGACAAACUGCGAGACGAUAUCGAAAACCUAAAUCGCAAAUCAGAGAAAGAGUUGUCAGAAUUGAAGAAGCAAAUCAGGCAACAGAAGGAGGAAGAGCUAGUACGUUUGAACGAAAAUAUGAAAAAGAUUAUGGAGCUGGAGGAGGAAAGGGACAAAACUAAACUGCAAGCGAUGAAAGAACGGGAGGAGUUGCAACAAAAGUGGAGGGAUGAAUCGAAAAACGUGCAGCUUGAAAGGGAGGAGUUGAAACAAAAGCAGCGAGACUACGAAAGGAAAUUUAGCGUACUCGAGGAAUCAAGAAGGGAGGCCAUGUUGGAAAAGGAUGAAUUUGAAAUAGAAAAAUCGAGAGCGCUGGAAGAGAUUCGGCGUCAAGAAAAAAAGCUUGAAGAGUUAAGAACAGAAAGAGAAAAAGUGCUUGAUAUCGCUAAUAACGAUAUCCGAAAGCGACGUGAAGUUCUAGAGUUGGAAUUUUUUGAGGAAAAGAGCGAACUGGAAGAAGAGAGAAAUUAUCUGGAAGAGCAGAAACAUGGUUACGAGGCUCUCGUGGAUAUUACCGCUGACAAUCUAGCGGAAAAGCAGAAUGCUUUGGAUACGAGGACACGAGAAGAAAAUGCGAAAAUAGAGGAAGCCAAACAGAAGCUUCGAGACAUGGAGGAGAAUUUGAAUGAGACCAUAAACACAGCUGAGGAUGAUUUUGUGCGAAAGAGACUGGAUUAUCAAGACAAUGUCGAUAGGCAACAACAAGAAAUCAACAGAACAAGGGAGAAUUUAAACUCGAAGGUUAAAGAAUUGAACGAAUUGAAACAAAAACUUGAGAAAUGCGCAGGAGAAGAAAAAUUACAGGUCCAGAGAGAGAUGGAGCGCACCUCAGCAAUCGUCGAGAUUGAAAAGACUCGACUGGCUUCCUUAGAGGAAGACAAACAAAAAAUGGCAGAAACGUUCGAGAAGGAUAUGGAAGCCGACUUGAUCGCUCUCAACGAAAAGAAACAAAAAGAUAGAGAAGCAAUUGAAUUGGAAAGAUUAAAUUUAGAUUCGUUGGAAGACUCUAAGAGACAGAAGCUGGAGACAGAGGAAGUGGAAUUCAAACAGGCUCAAGAACAGUACAACCAAGCUAAAAUGCUCUUGAUCGAAACUAAGAGAAGUUUAUUGGAUUUGGAGAAAAGGCAAGGCAAGUUCUCCACCAAGGCAGAAGACGGACUUCUACGACUGUCGAAGGUGCUAGAAGGAGAUCUUGUGUCACAGGCAAAGCAGGAAGAUAUGUAUCUCCUGAGGGAGCACAGGAUCUCUUUGAAAGAAAUCGACGUUGAAGGGAAAAUGAAAAUUUCUGAAAAGCAGGAGAUGUUGACUGCGGAAUCGGAAAAACUUUUUAAUCUUAGGAAGAAUCUGAGUUUCGUGUUGGAAGACACCGAAAAAGCACAAGAGAAAGCCGAGGCGGAAUGGCGCGAGUUACAGAGCAGGUUUGCGCAUGACAGAGAAGAGGAGAAGACCACUAGGGAGGCCAUGGAAGAAAGUCUAAGAGACAUCGAAGAGGAAGCGACGCUUUCAAAAAGUCUCACACAAAGAGAGAUCGGAUCCCCAACGACAGUAAGCUUGAUAUUAGCUCACGAGAAACAGAGGUUAGUGCAGACAAGUAUUUCCAGGAAUCAAAGUUUAAAGAAUUGAGAGGCCGAUUCUAACACCCUAACAAGUCCAUUUUUCUCUUUAACUUAUAUUUUUAGAACUUGAACCCCCUUCUUGAAUGAAAACAGAUGGAGUCUACAGGCCCGUUAAGUUACCGGGACCUUCGAGAAACGGGCCCUAGGAAUUUCCUCGUUUCACAGAGUUUUGCAGAUUUUUAUUUAUUAAUUUCUUCGCUACAUCCCACGUAUUUCUACCCUUAUAGUUUUGGAACUGAGAGUUGGGUGCAAAAUCAAACUAUUUCAUUUAGUUGGUAUUGAUCUCACUUCGUACCACCUGCCUGUUUGAAAAUGUAUUAAUACUGCAAGAAGAAAUUCAUUUUUGGUCACUGCAGGGAGUGAAAGGGUUAACCUGACUCACUCUUAAAAGUCAACCUGCUGUAUUAACGAGCAACUUAUUUUUUGCUCUAGAAUCAAAGCGGAGAUGGAAAACAAACUGAGAGAAGUAGAGGAACGUAAAAGUCGCGAGGUGGAGGAACUGAGACUUGAAAAACAGGACAUAUUGAGCAAACUGGACAAAGAGAAGGAAGAUCUGGAGAGACAGAAAGAGGAACUGGAAACGCUCAUUCAUAAAGAAAAGGUAGAAUUGGACAAGGAACGUAAAGUCCUGGAGAGAGAGAAACUGGAGGAGAUUGAGGGGAUUAUCAAAGAUAAAGAGAUGGAGAUAGAGGAACUGAAAGAGAAGGCUCAGCAUGAGAUUGAUGAAUUGCGGGACAGACUUGACGAAACGGAAAGGUUAAACAUUUAUCACUUGGGUUCCUAAACCCUUUAUAAUCUGUAAACAUCAGUUUGCAAGUUGUCCCUACUGUAUAAAACAAAUUUUCGUGUUUGUUUCUCUACAGGGAAGUGGUUCUCUUGCAAGAAAAGCUUUCGACUUACAAUUCAUUCAUGGUGAGUAACGGAAUAUUUCUUUACAGUAAGACAGCUCUUUUUGCACUAAGAAUUUGUGGUUAAUAUGAGAUCAGAAAAACAAUCAAGACAGAUAAAAAAAACCCCUUCAUUAGGGUAUAAGGAGAAGAGUGGAAAUGUGAUAAAUAACUGCAUUUUUUCAGUGCUGCUACCGAAAAGGGGACAGAUUUAAUUUAUUAUGGGUACCACUGGUGAUUGUCAUGAUACACACAUGGGACCAGGUUUAGUUUCCCUUAACUGAAAGUGCCAUUUAGUGGAGUUAAGAGGUCAUAUUAGUAUUUUUCAAGUCGAAGAAAUGUACAGAGUUUGCGGGGAGUAUGUAAACAGGAACCUCUAAAGAAUUUGAGGGUAGUAACGGAUGCAUAUAAUCGGUUGUCAGUAUCCCUUGCAUUGAGUGGUACAAUGAUCCGUUUUGACCAAAAAAAUAUAUCUAUAUAUUCCUAGCAAAAAAAUCAAAUAGAUAAACUACGAACGUACCACCUCAGAAAUGAAUCUGCAGUUGUUUUACUUCUUGUCUGAUUAGGCAGCCAUUUUUCUUUCUUUUGCCAAGGAAAGUACACCGUAUGUCAAAGUUGGCACGCUGCUUAUGUGGAUUUGAAAAGUUGCGGUCCCGAAAGUAAAAUUUUAAUAUUUAUUUUUUUUCGUAUAUGAAUUGUUUCAAUUCUUAGGUGCCUAAUGGUCACGAAGAAGAUGAACUUGCUGAUGGAGAAGUGAUGAACUACAUGUGUCGUCAAGAGGUUUGUCUUAAAAUUGAUCCAACGAUUAGUAAUACGAGGAAAAACUGAAUCCUCUGCAUCGUCAUUCGGAACUCAGCUACAUAUGUCCAACAUCUUUCUACACCGGGAAACCGAUAUCAGAAUUAUCUAUCUUCCUUACUCUUUCUUCGCUAACUGAAAGACACUGAUCAGAGCAGUACGCGGGGCAUUUGUCAACGAGUUCUUUCUUGCUCAGAAUUAGGGCAUCUCACCACGAAAUGAUAACGACGCAAGUUCGAUUUCUCGUGUGGGACUUAAACUCUCCUACCUUUCCCACCUACGUGAAAAAAACUUUUUUUCACAAGUCUUCUUUUAUCGUUAUAUGAUCUUUAUUACUUUAUAUUAUUGACUGUUGUACGAUUUUUUACUUCCUCAGAGUGAACUUUACGGAAGUAAUCUAAGCCUGACUGAUUCAGUGUCACCGCCUGUAAUCACCCCACCCCCCACCCCUGUGAAUCGCUUCUUGGCCUCCGUGAGUUCUUCGAAACGUAACCAGAUCCACGUCUGUAUACCACGUUACAUACUUCGAGGCCUGGGUCGAGAUUCGUACCACGUGUUCGAGGUGAAGGUGAGUGUUUCGAUAAAAUAGAUUUAAUUCAUUCACUCGCCUCCUGAUCAGAGUAAUAAUUCUCCGUUUUGCGGCCUAGCGUUUCAAUAAGCUAGUAAUGGAAGGGUUCCACGUUUAGCCGGCUCGUAAAGAAAGGAUAACAAAUUUUACUCUCCUUUUCUUCAAAAACUCAUUUCGCAAUGGAAAAAAUUCUUAUUGUUCAGAAGUAUUCAAUUAUCUUGCUUAUUCAUGUAACUGGGGGUGCAGGAAGUAGGCAUCUUGACUGAAAAAAGGGCAUUUGAGAGGUUAUAUUGUCUCUCCAAACGUUGUACCGAUAGCAUUAUGGUGUGUGUUAUAUUUCAGAGUACGGUUGGAGCAGAUUCGUGGUCCGUGUAUCGCAGAUAUCGGAAAUUUCGAGAACUGCACAAAUCAAUGAGGAAAUACUAUCAUGAGGUACGUCGUAUCAGACAAUUUUAAGCCUCACUCUAUUUUUCAUUUGUCCCGUUGCUUGGCGACAUGACGUCACCCAAAGCGUCAUGCUCACGAAAAGUGAUUUUCCUAUCGCAAAGCCGAAUACUGUUGUUAUUACAACAAAAGUUUGAGUUUGUUCUCCAAUUAAAACAUAAUGGAAAAUAGUUGUAACACGUCUGUGGAACAUGUAUGGGAAGGAGAGGUUCUGGGUGAGAGUAAACCCGAUAAAAACUGAUUUCGACGACAGUAAAGCAUGCGUUAAUAACUUGAGCAUAGUUCAUCAUCACUAGGCGGGUGUUACGCGUUUUUUCAUAGCAGCUAAGCAGAAACUAUGCAAAAGCACCUGCGUAGCACCUUCGUUUUAUAUUGUUACUUUUAUCCUAUGAAUCAUGUUGGAAACACUCUUUCCCGUUGUCUUUCAGGUUGGUGGUUUAGAUUUUCCAAACCGCCGGUUUUUCGGUAACAGAGCAGAGGAGUUUGUAAGGGCUCGGAGAGCGCAGCUAGAGGUCUGAUAAAACUUUUUAUUUGCUGCCCAUAUUGUCUGUGCGCUGAUUGACGUAAUUAUUUUCCCUUCUUCCCAUCUCCUAGUUCGCUUAUUUGAGAAAUUUAGUGCAUAUGGCACGAUGAUGUUGUCGUCUAAUUCAGUAAAUUCCGUUUAUGUAAAAGCAUUUUGAGGUAUUCAGAGCGCACAAAUGCCUGAUCACUGCACGUGUAGAGAGUAUUUUUGAGGAAGCUUGCCAUUCUAGCAAACUGGCAAAACUCUAAUGAAGUUGAAGGAAAGUUUCCUCGCUAAAUUUUAAGUUAAAGUAAACGUUCCAUUUGAAUUUCAACUGGCUACAUUUCCAUUUUCGGCCAGUUGAAAGUUUCCACUGAAUUCUAACUUUCGUUAAGUCAUCCCUUACCUUAACUGGUUUUCUGUUCUCUCUUUUCAGACAUAUCUUCAGUCAUUCAUUGGGCUGUGUUCCAAAAUUUCAGACUGCCCCAUAUCAGCCAUGUCAGGCCGGCCCCUCACAAAACGGGACCUGUGCGAUUUCGCGCCAUUUUUCAAACAGGGAAUCUUUGAACAAACAAAGAAUUACACCGGGUAGUCUAACGGGUGGCGAAAGAAGACAGUGGGCUCGUGGUGUGUGGUAGAGAGUAUUGCCUGGUGAUAUGACGUAGCUUACUUCAUGAUCAGAUCAUGUUCGUGGUUUAUCCACCGGCCGAUACUAGUCGAAAUAUUCCCGGAUCAGUCACGAGAAUUUGCCGAAAGUAACAUGUCGUUGGGCAUACAUAACGCGUCUCUAUGAAGGGCGGUAAAACCAAAUACAAAGUAAUGGCAAGAGCCGAUCAGAGCUAAGAACAUUUCAUAAGGAGCCAAUAAGAAGCCGGGUGGAAAAAACUAAGAACGUAGGAUGUUUACUAGGUUAGAACAGAAAGGUAAGAAUUGUAUGAUAACCCUUUAAGUCCCAUGAGUGACCAAGACAGAAUUUCUCCUUACAAUAUCGAUACAAUAUCAAGCAGACGAGUAAUGAGAAUAAAGACAAAUAUUAAUUAGGAGAUGAUUAGUUGGUCCAAUACCAAAUUCUCUGAACUAACAUCGUGAGAAUUAUAUGGCAGACAGUAAGGAGAAUUGCUGAUGAGAUCUUGGGAGUUAAAGGAUUAAGUGGUUAACGAGUUAAAAGAGGCCUUUAGAAUUCUAAGAAUAUUAUAUGAGUUAGUUUUGAGAUAACUUCCAUAUUUUCUUAGGUAUCGAUAAUCUCCUGAUAUGUAUUGUCAAAAGACGAUCAAUAAUUUGACUCCACUGUAAAAUUAAUGUUUCAUUUUUUGGCAUUUUGGGAGCGGGGGAGUGUGGAAUAAUUUUUGGAAUCCAAUGAAUUUCUUUAAAAUUUUGUUUUGUAGUAUGAAGAUUUGGACAAUUUUGUAAACUUUUCCGUUUAUCCUUUUUUUCUAAAAUUAUAGAAAAAACUACUUUUAAACAGUCACACAAUUUGAGUGCCAGUAUAUUUGUCUUAGACAUUGCCAGAGUUCCAUUUACCGAAUGGCUAUCGCAGUUUCGAGUCUGAACAUAUUAACCAAAGCCGUGAGGAAAGUUGCCGUAAACAAUCAUCCCUUUUUACAAGUGAUAAUUGCGUUAUUAAUAACAGAGGAAUUGUUUUCUUUUUGGAAAUAAUAAUUGUAUUUAUGUGAACAGCAAACCUCUGACAUCGCUUAUUUAAAAUUAUUAUUGGCUUUUGUUAGUCAAACGAUAAAAGAUUGUGAUAAAAAAAAUCGAAUUUAUAGGAUCAGUUAUUUUAUGGAUGUAUGAUGCAAAUAAAGGAUAAAAAUUGUGCCGA